AUGGAAGAAGAAGGAAAAAUGGUCCGCGAGUGGAGACGACUGAAGAAAAUCGAUGAUCUCACUUAUAUCGGUGAAUGUGACUCGGAGCAUCCAGCCGCCCGUGUUUUUGGUGGACAUGUAUUGGCUCAAGCAAUGUCAGCCGCCUAUUAUACUGCUCCGGAAGGUUUCUAUGUACACGCAGUGCAUUGUUAUUUUAUUAGAGGAGGCGAGGAAUCGAUUCCUAUCACCUACAAUGUAAAGAUAAUUCGAAACGGGCGGAACUUUGCAAUCCGAUAUGUUGAAGCUGUUCAACACGGGAAAGUUAUUCAUUUGGCGGAGUUUUCAUUGCAGAAGCUAGCCAGCGUCAAAGACACCUUCUCCCUCACUCCAGAAUUCCCGGCACAUGUACCAGGACCCGAUGGGUUAAUCAGCAAUAUCUCUGGGAGACAUCAAAAAGUUGCUGAAGGAUUUGACGCCCGUGAAUUACGAGGACAGGUCACUGAGAGAAUGGCACCAAGUCUCGAAAUCCGACCAGCUGACUUGAAUAUGUUCUUACAUGGAACAGGAGGAGUCAACCAGAAACAAUAUCUAUGGAUUAGGUAUAAGAUUCCUGUUGAUAAAUCCGACUACAUGUUGAGACAUGCAACUAUUGUGUACUUAUCCGAUUUGGAAUUGGUGACUACUGGAGCAUUGUGUUUCAAUGAUAAAAUGUUUAAACUGCAAACUUCUAUGGAUCAUUCGGCCUGGAUCCAUCAGUAUGAAUUUGACAUAAACGACUGGAUUCUAUACGAACAGGAAUGUGUAGCCAACUCCAACCACAGAAGUUUGAUUCAUGGAAGAUUAUGGUCGAGAGAUGGAAAACUCAUAAUGUCGACAUCCCAAGAAGCACUGAUCUACAAAGUUCAACCGAGUAAAAUUUAA